AUGAAAGCUAUCCAAAAGGUGCUGCAAUAUGUCAAGAGUAGCCUUGGUCUAGGACUGAUGUUCUCGGCUAAAUCUGAACUGCAACUUAGGGCUUAUGCUGACUCCGAUUGGGGCUCUUGCCAAGAUACAAGGAAAUCUACAUCAGGUUUUUGUGUUUUCCUUGGUAGCUCCUUAAUAUCUUGGAAAAUAAAAAAGCAGCAUACUAUUUCAAAGUCAUCGGCUGAGGCUGAAUAUAGAGCAAUGGCCAAUGUUACUUGUGAAAUAGUUUGGUUGAUUUCGGUUCUUAAGGAGCUUAAUCGACCUCAUUGCAAAGUUUUUACUCUUUACUGUGACAAUCAAACGGUCAUUCAUAUUGCAGCAAAUUUUGUUUUCCAUGAGAGAACGAAACACAUAGAAAUUGAUUGUCAUUUAAAAGAAAAAAGAUUCUAG